AUUUUGAUAUCGUUCGAUAUUUCGACGAUUCUGAUAGUGCAUCACGGUUGGUUGGCCAUCCAAAGGUGUGAUUUACACUUACCACGAUUCAUAGGGUGUACGCACAUCGUGUUAUACCCCACGAUUCGUCGCGUAUUCGGUGUCGCACCCCGGAAAGCGCGCAUGCGCGAUUCGUGGCGCUUUCAAUUCUCCAAACGACAUUCGUCAGUUGCGCUCCGACACCGACGACGUAGAGGUCGUUUCUCCCGCGUUUCGAUCCUUCCCUUCGAUAUCUCGCCGACGCGACGAGUAACCAUGUGAUCUUCGCUCUCAUCGAUAUUUCCUUCGACUAUGGAUGAUCCGUGACGCACAGAUCGAACGGAUAUCCUUCGACGUUUGAUUCUUUCGGCAAUGUAAAGAUGGAAUUCGGUUCGUAAAGUUUGAUCGAGUUUCGAAUUGUGCACUCAAGGAUCGGCCACGUGGAAAUGUAACGUCGAACGAGGAUUUUGUGCACGGUAAAAAGCAUGCGAGUGACGUUUGUCGUUAUGGACGCGAGCCACAGGACUUUUUUGAGGUUAUGGUCACGUGUGUAGACCAUGUAGAAAAGCGGUAAAAGUGGUAGAUGGUUUUUCGCACGUGAUCACGGUCGGUACGUGAUGUUAUUAUGUGAAACAAUGCGGUGGGGUGAUGGAUCGUGUGAUUUAUUGCGAUGCAAGUUGUUCGUUCUUCUGGUUCUGGUCGGGUGCAGCGAUGGAUACUUGAAUAUCUUUAUCAGCCAGUCCCAGGUUAUGAAACUGUUGGGGCUGAAGGCCGAGUUGUACUACGUGAGGGAAGGAGUGGUUAACACGUACGCAAUGAACUUCGUCGUUCCCGUCCCGGCCAACAUCGCCGAUCUCGAGUUCUCCUGGCAGAGCCUCGCCGGACACCCGUUACCCUACUCGAUGGAGUUGGAUUACGACGUGGUAGGUGUUCCAGGGGGUGUCGGCCCCGGGAUGAUGGCGCUGCUCCCCCCCAGGGUGAACGUCUCGGCCAGGGGAGAGGUGCCCGUCGCGUUGCAAGUGUUCAGGAUCAGGCUUCCGUGCUCGGGCCUGGUCAGCGCCGAGAUCCCGUUGGCGUUGAGGCUCAACGUCACCGCGCCCCCCGGCACCAAAUACAACGACACCGUCCUCGCGUUCAAGAGGAACAAGAUUUGCUUCAAAGGAGUGCAAGCGCCUCCGAGGAACGAUUCCGUACGUUUGGAGCCAGGACCUCUGAGUGGCGCUGGAGCGCUAUACGUCGCUGCGACAUGUGCGUGCGCCUUGAUACUAGUGGUGGGGAGCGUGGCGAGCGCCCUGUACAUUCGCAACAGCAAAGCUCGAAUACAAGAGUCGCAGAAAACGCUGCCCUGCUGCAGCUAUUCGGCGGCGGAAACUGGUGGCCUCGCGAGAAGUUCCGUCCUGGUCAGGGUCGACCCACGGCCCGGCAGCGCCAAUUCCGGAAGCUACGCGACCAUCGCCGAUCUGGAACCGCUAUACGCGAGGCCGUGCGGCUCCAGGGCGAGUUACUACGCCUCCAGCCACGUCACGCAUCUCAGUCAGUCGACCGAUCCUUGCGAGAAGGCGAGGGCACUCGCCGUGUCGAGGUCUGCCCUCUACUGUCGCAAUCUCGUGCAGGAGGGCACCUUCGGUCGGGUCUACAAAGGCACGUUGGAACUGGCCGGAAGGGAGCAAGAAGUCAUCAUAAAGACCGUCACAGAAGUGGCAUCGGCUUAUCAAGCCUCUUUGCUGGUGGUCGAGGGAUCGCAAUUGGCAGGACUGGUGCACUCGAACAUAGCUUCGCUCGCUGCCGCAUGCCUGGACAGUUCCUGCCCUUUAUUGGCGUACACGAGCACGCCAGGCGAGUUGAAUCUGAAGCUCUACCUUACCGACGGAAACCACCAUCCCGGCACAAGGGAUUUGGUGCACGUUGGUGCACAGGUUGCCAGAGCAGGGGCAUUCUUGCACGGUCGUGGCCUCUUACACAGGGAUAUCGCUGCCAGAAAUUGUCUGAUCGAGCCAAGCAGUCUUCGUGUCCGAUUAGCCGACACAGCUUUGGCGCGAGAUCUCUUCCCUCAGGACUACCAUUGUCUCGGUGAUAACGAGAACAGACCCAUUCGUUGGAUGGCCUUGGAGACCCUCCAGCACAAUCAGUACAGCACUGCGACAGACGUGUGGUCGUUCGGUGUGUUCCUGUGGGAAUUGGCGACGAUGGGCCAGCAACCGUACGUCGAGGUUGACCCGUUCGAAAUGAUGGCGUGUCUCCGGGACGGUUACCGACUGGCCCAACCGAGGCCCUGCCCCGACGAAUUCUUCGCCGUGAUGGCCGUCUGUUGGUUAGGCCUGUCCAGGGAUCGGCCGACCAUGCCUCAACUCCUCGCCUAUCUUCAAGACUUUCACGACGCCCUCGGCGGUUUCGUUUAAAGAAUAUAAUUCGAGACUCGUGUUGCUCCCAACCGACCACAGUUCCUUCGAAACUGCGCUACACACACACACACAUACACACACACACACACAGAGUCGCGUUAAAUCUCGAGUCUUUCUCAAAAGGAGAAAGAGAAGAAAAAAGAGACUCGAUGAAACGCGACAAAUCUUUGAAAGUACAUGAUGAAAACACGUACGUCCAAAUGGUGGUGGU